AUGGAGAGAGUUUACAGUAUCGAGGAACAAAAAGUCGCAGAAAAGUUAACUAUCCUUAAUUCCCGAUGUAUUGGAAUGUUAACACAAUUAUAUAACGUCAAAAAGGAUAUCAUCGUCUUUCGUCAAGGAAUAUGUGAAAAUUUCAAUAUUCUGGCUUGUGGAGAUUCCAAUUCCAGGCCGAAAUAUUUCACAGAGAAGAAUUAUGAACCUUUAAUUUCCAGAAUUCAAAAGAAAUUUCCUAACGUUGAUAUGUCGAAAGAUAAAAUAAUAUCGCAGCUACUAAAGGACUGCUAUCAAGAUGUAUCCAGCACCUUGCAUUAUUAUUAUCAAACCUUUGUAGAUAUCCUAGAUUUUGUGGAUUCCACAAGAGAGGUUUUAACUUCCUUAAAUGUCGGCGGUAUCUUUUGUGACCUGAAUUUGAAAAGCGCACUGCUAUCAUUAACCGAAAUUUAUCGUGGAAAAUUUGCAGUAAAGGAAACAGUAAACGGACUCAUUGGUAUUAUUUCUAGGCCUAUGCGCAUUAAAAACGUUGCGAAGACUCCGAAGAUGCGCUCUGAUUUAUUACUAAGAAACGUCAUGAAUGAAUGGAUCAUCAUAAUGGUCUUCAUUUUAGUUGGAUUCCUUUUGCAUCAACUUCAAUUUACGGAAAAUGAAUCACAUGACCUUUGGAAAGAGGCGCUACAGGAUUGUUUUUGUUUCCCGUUAUACCGGGAUGAAGUUGUUAUUGUACAGCGAUUAUAUGAAAUACCUUACAUACAAAAUAACAAAGUUUUAUCUAAGCGUCUAAAGGAAGUUACCGAUUACACUGCAUUUGCUGUUACUCAAAGCGGAGUCAAGCACAAAGAGAUUCGCAACAUCUUAAAGCUUUCCCUUAACGAAUUACGACUCAUCUUCACUGAUCAACCUGGUUUAUUAGGUCCUAAAAUUAUAUCUGAAUUUUUACUAUUGCUUAUAGGCUCAUGCUGCUAUGGUGUUGCUGUCCUUAACAAAAAAUGA